GGGGUACGUGCCGAGCCGAGGCGAGCGAAAGGCUUUAAAAAUCGCUCUCAAAGCGGCUGUUCCUGCAGCUGGAGGGAGCUGGAGCUGGACCUGGACCCUAUUGGUGUGCGAGGGUAGAGCCGGGCCCGGGAGCCGGAGCCGGAGCUGGAGCAGGAGCGGGAGGGACUAGAGACCUGAGAACAGGAGCAGACAGCUCAGAGUCAUCACGUGACAGCAUGGGAGUGGUGGUGGCUGACGAUGGUCCAGCAGGUGUCAAAGCCCCAGAUGGCGGAUGGGGCUGGGCCAUUCUCUUUGGCUGUUUUGUCAUCACAGGCUUCUCGUAUGCCUUCCCCAAAGCAGUCAGCGUCUUCUUUAAGGAACUCAUCAGGGAGUUUGACAUUGGCUACAGUGACACAGCUUGGAUCUCAUCUAUCCUGCUGGCCAUGCUCUAUGGGACAGGUCCAUUGUGCAGUGUGUGUGUGAACCGGUUUGGCUGCCGGCCGGUCAUGCUGGUGGGCGGCCUCUUUGCCUCUCUGGGGAUGGUGGCUGCCUCCUUCUGCACCAGUAUUAUUCAGCUCUACCUCACGGCUGGUGUCAUCACUGGCCUGGGCUUGGCACUCAACUUCCAGCCCUCUCUCAUCAUGCUCAACCGCUACUUUGACAAGAGGCGCCCAAUGGCCAAUGGUCUCUCAGCUGCAGGGAGCCCUGUGUUCCUCUGUGCACUCUCUCCACUGGGACAGAUCUUACAGGACCUUUAUGGAUGGCGAGGGGGCUUCCUUAUUCUGGGGGCUAUGCUACUGAACUGUUGUGUAUGCGGAGCUUUGAUGAGGCCUCUAGAAGGUCCCAAGAAGCUUGAAGAAUCUAAGGUAGCAUCAAAGAAGAAGGCAAAGAAACUUCUGGACUUCAGUGUUUUCAAGGACCGUGGUUUUGUGGUCUACACUGUUGCAGCUUCUAUUUUGGUACUGGGGCUUUUUGUACCGCCUGUUUUUGUGGUGAGCUAUGCCAAGGAUAUGGGAGUGUAUGACACCAAGGCUGCCUUCCUGCUAACCAUCCUUGGCUUCAUUGACAUUUUUGCAAGGCCCCUCUGUGGAUUUGUGGCUGGAACUAAGUGGGUCAGACCCCGCUGUGUCUACCUCUUCAGUUUUGCCAUGUUCUUCAAUGGCUUCACUGAUCUCAUGGGCUCUAUGUCAGACUCUUACACUGGCCUGGUGGUCUUCUGCAUCUUUUUUGGCAUAUCCUAUGGCAUGGUAGGAGCCUUGCAGUUUGAAGUGCUCAUGGCCAUCGUUGGCACCCAAAAGUUCUCCAGUGCCAUUGGCCUUGUACUACUAAUGGAGGCGAUUGCUGUGUUAAUCGGACCCCCUUCUGGAGGCAAACUCCUGGAUGCGACUCACGUCUACAAGUACGUGUUUAUCCUGGCGGGAGCUGAGGUGGUCACCGCUGCCCUGGUGCUGGCUCUGGGCAACAUCUUCUGUAUUAAGAAAAAACCAGAAGAACCUCAGACCAAAAAGGAGGUUGUGGAGAGGAAGGAGUUUGACAAAUUGGAAGACAAGUCUUCUGAGGAUACUAAAAUGAACUCUGUUGAAGUGGAAUGCUUUUUGAAAGCAGAACCUGAGAAAAACGGGGAGAUUGUGACCAGCCCAGAGACCUCUGUCUGAAUGGGAGCCCAGGGAGGGAGAGGGUUGAGGGAAAAGGUACAAAGAAUUUCAACACUCUUAUUUAUUUUAGAAAUAGGACUAGCUUAGGGCAGGGCUUGACUCUGGUUGCCUGGUCGGCGGAUCAUCACAUGAUCAUUUUUUGUGGGGUGGGGGUGGGGUUUGGGAAAGGGAGGGGAAGGAGGAGAUGACUGGGUUGGAAACAUCUCAUUCCAAAUCGGAUCUGUGGUGGAGAAGCCAAGCCGCAUGGUUACAACAUUUUUAUGCCAGGGAACUAGCCUGUGUCGAUCCAGUUUAGCAGUUCUGCUACCCAUCACUGUGCUGAAGUACCUAGAAACUCACACUUCAAAGAAAAAAUUAUUUUAAUCAGGGUUUGGGGAGGGGAGUUAGGAAAGGGUGGGUACACAGGGGAGGGGGCUGUUCCUAAGUUUAUCUCUAAUGUUGCUCAAUUGUGGCUCUCUUAUUUCAUUUGUGGUGUUGCUAACACGUAACUUUCUCCUCAGUGUUUUGUGUCAAGAGCAAGGGGGUCUUGACAUUUGGGUAGUUUGAGAUUAAUGUGCAGUGGGGGAUCCAAAGAGCCUCAGGAACUCAGUCCUUUUCUGGGACGUCCAUAAAAUCUCUUAAUUUGGGAGACAUAUGGCAUUACUUGGCUCAAGCUAAACAGCAUUUUUUCAUAGAUUACUUUCGUUAAGGAAAUGAUUAUUUCUACCAAAUGGUUUUGUUUUCUUGUCUACAUGGGUCAGCUUUUAAAGUGGCAUUUUUAUUGUGAAUUGCACAGGUGACAGAGUCAUAUGUGGCAUCAAGAAGAAACCAAAACAGUAUUAACUGGAACAGAGGCUGCGGGCCAUCAUAUAUGCAUAUUUGGAGGUUAGGUUGAGGACUUCCACUUUCUGGUCAUUCUAAGAAGCUGUGCAUAUUUCACAUAGCUUACAGAACUGAAUGGGGCAUCCAUUGGUGGCUGGUAUACAGGCUUAAUGAUGAUAUAAAGGCCACUUAGGGUACAGUUUGAGUCACAAUGUGUGUUUUUGUUCCCUAUGUAUAAAAAAAUACAACAACAACAAGAAAACUUUCUGCUGCCUUCCAUUCGUGUCUCCCUCUGGUUGACCAUGAAAUUCAUCUCAUUCUGGCCCCUGUUCCUUGAUGGUAGUUUCCUCUAGCCUCCCAGUCUCCCCAGCUCACUUAGAAUAGGCCCUUCCCAACCAUCCAGACCAGCCCCACCAACCUUCCUGCAGUGGUGCCCCUAGGUUGACACACACCCACCUGCCCUCCUGGCUGGUGGACUGCCUGGGGCCCUGCAUGGCUGGCGGAGCCCGGCCUGUGCGAGGAGGCCGGGUGCAGGCCGCCUCAGUACGUGGUGCGGCGGAGACGCUGGGGACAGCAGCGGGCCCCCUGGCGGGCUGCAUGCAGCCGGCGAGAUGACAUCUCCCUGCUCCUCUGCAAAAUGAAAAGCAAUAAAGAGCUGAUGUCUUCAACCUGGUUUCCAGCGGUUGAAAUACACUCCACAGAAGAGGCAGUUUUCCCUUCCCACUCUCCCUUUCUUUCACACCACCCCUCAACCUCUCAGGCUAUCCUUGAAAUUCCCAAGAAUUCCUCUUCCACUCAUCCCACUGAGGAUCUUAAAACCUAGAUUCUUGGUUGUGGCCUGCCACUGAAAAGACAUCAGCCUCCCCAUAAUUUAGCUUUGGAUGAAGACUACCCUGUUCCACUGGAUGGAUAAUCUAUGGCUUUGGCACCAUCAAGCAGUAUUGGAGGCAACUGUUAAAAGUGCCUCCUAUAGAAUACAUCUCCCUUUUCUCCCUUUCUACUUUCCUUUCAUUUUUGUCCCCACCUCCCCCUGUCAAUGCCUUAAGCCUGUAAAUGACUGCCUGAGGCCCUGGCUGAACUCUGCUGGUGGCUCUUAGGCCAAAAGAAGUUGUAUUAGCAACCUUGCAAUUUGAUCUGGCAUAGAUCUAAGUGACUCUCAAGACUUGCCAAAGCAGCUCCACUGUGAUUUAGGGGAAAGUCCAGCCUGAGAAAGCUGUUCCUGCCAUUAGAGAUAUGGAACAGGGUAGAGAAUCCAGGCCUCUUGAUGCUCAGUCCUCUGCUAGAAGUGAAGAAAUGCAAGCAUCUCACUUUGCGGUUCUGUGAGUAUAGCUAGCUCAGUGCUCUGUCUCUAGAGUCUAGGUAGGAAAUGAUAACAGUGAGUUCUUAGAAGGGAGAGGAAGAGGCAGGCAUAGAAAACAGAUGGCCAACCUUGUUUGUUGGCUUGUCCAUAUGUCCAACUGGAAGGGGGAAAAGGACCUUCUUUGACCUUGGAGUCUGGGGGAAGGAAGAAGGAAAGAGGGAAGGGGCCCAAACUUUAUUUCCUUUCCCUUUCAUCAGUAUAUAUAUAUAUAUAUAAAUAAUGGGGCAUUAAAAGUGGUCAGAUAAGAAUGCUACAAACAAAAUUGAGUCUUAUUUCCCUUUUAAUCUCUUUCCGGCAGGUCCCAACUUUAGCUGGCUGGCACCCUCCCAACUUCCUUUUAGGGUUUAUUCUGGUGGACUCUUCCUAUUUAGCUCAUGCCCUGGAUUCUUUCUCUUCUCCAUACUUGAGUCUCUCCCCAGGGCAGCUAUAUUGAUUGCACUACACCAGAACAAGUUGCUUAGGAGGGAACCUCAUUCUCAUUAUAGGGGAGGAGACAGCAGGUAUUAUGCAUGCUCCCUUGUUCUCCCACUACCACUGGACCACAGUGGGUCCAGGAUUUCACCUGGCUCUCACCUGUCCCCCAAAUCUUGAUUAGUCUGCUAGGACAGGGCUGGGGAGAUGACAGCAACCUAAGAGCUCUAAGUCCUUGGCUUUUAUGUCCUACUUAGGGAACCAUAGAAGUCCUGCUGCUUAAACUGGAAAUGUCAAGGGGUCCAACGUUCCCUAAACUUGGGAAGCAAUUCAGUUAACACUACCUUAAGAUUUUUCUGUACGCAGAACAGUGCAGCUGGCCACAUUUACAGCUAAAGUUGUUCUUGGCUCCUCUAACUUUGACUUAACCCAAUACUUUGGCUUUUUACCUUAAUCUUAGGGAAAAAUACUGAUUUAAAGCAGUUAGUUCUGGACAGAAGUUACAUUUCUUUCCAGCUCUAUCCACUAGCCUGAACUUUUAUCAAAACUCCUGCAAAGGACUAUAGCUGAAUCUGGCUUAGGCUUCUUAACCCCCUUGACCAAGGCAAGAAGCCAGCAUGGUCCUUCUUACCUCACCCAUACCUAAAUACCCUUUCUUUUUCAGCUCAACUGUAAGUUGUAAUCAUGUAGGACUAAGCAGAUUUUCCCUCUACCUGAUGGUGCCAGCUCCCUUAACCCAUUUCCCCAGUUUCUAUACCUACUUACACUAGGGUGAAUAAGGUAUGACUCUUUCUCCAGUCUCAUUCUCCAGGAGAGAUCAGAAUCAGAAGGAGACCAGGAGAGUCAGUCAGUCUAGCAACAAUGUAAUUAAUGACUGUACUUGGCCAUGCGAAGAAGAACCAGGAAAACUUAAGCAACUUUCUCCAGCUUCCCUAAAGCAGUCUGUUUUUUGGGGGGAAAAGAUUAAAUAAUUCUGAGAUCAAGAUACCUGAAUGUUCUGGGGGUGAGAUGAGAAGGUGAGAGUGGUAAGCACCAUCCUCAAAGAUACCUCUUAGGACAAAGAUAAUAUAGCCAAAGAUGGGACAGAAGGCCUGCAGUUCUUAGCUCUUACAAAUGAAUGGUUUUGGUGGAGAGUUUCCUUCAUAUAGGUGAGGGGUUUGGUCUCCAAGGUCCAUGGAACCUCUUUUUAUUAUGGGUGAACUCUACCAGGGAUAGGGAAUGCCUGAUCCUUCCACAGGUCAGAUGGUGACCAGGCUUGUUCAUCUGGGUCUGGUCCUUAAUUCCCAUCCCUGUGGAUUACACCCUGAAGUGAUUCCAAUCUUCUCAUGUUCCUACAACCAGUUUCAAAUUUAGCAACUGAAAAUCACCAAAGAUGUAGGAGAUAAAAUGGUAAAUACUCUCCCUUCAUUCCCCCCUCCCCCCAUGAGUGCAAAUAAAAGGACAAAAUUAACUGGAGGCUAGUAAAAUAUGUUUAUAGAAAAGUUUAACCUUUUUUUUAAAGUACUGAUUAGAUACAAAAAAAUCUGAGUGCUGCCCAAAUCUCUGAUGGGCUGAUGUCCAGGAACAUGAAUAAAGGAGGUAAGAAAACUAUCCAUCUCUUGUUCUUGUCCUGAAUCUUAUUUCAAAGGAAUGAUUUUUCAAGCUAUUCCCAUGACAGCUGGGAAAUUCUUUAAACUUAAGCUGACCCUCAAAGUAGGCGCCCAUAACUGGGUGAUUAUGGUGUCUUGAGGAAACAAACUUCCUAAACUUAUUUUUCUCUAGCCUCUAGAAGCUAAGAUACCUAAAAGCGAUGUUCUUCCCUUGUAAAUUCUAUCCUGUCAUUGUGGAUCUUCAAUGGUUUAUAUAGGAAAAUGUACUGAAUAAGGGACCUAAUUUAUUUUUUAAAUCUGUGUAGUACAUAGAAAAGAAGUUUAUGAGCAGGAGUUGGGCCAGGAGAUACGCUGUAUGAAUGAAGUUUCUGCUCACGAAUCACAGACAAUCACUAGGCAGUUAUAUUCUGUUGCUGAGAAAAGUCUUUAAAAGAAUUAUCUGGUCAAGAAAUCAGUUGCUAAACAAAGUCCCCUUUAUGGAUGCAAAGCCUCUGGUAAGAAAGUAUGUUUUAGUAUUUCCUUCUUUAGAAAUGUCCUCUAAUAGAAGAGGAGGGAAGGAAGGUCAGUGGGAAUAGAGUGUACUGGUUUCCUUUAACUAACUACUGGAGGAGUAAUGGAGAGCUCUUUCCUAACCUCCACUGGAAUCCUAUGCAAAUGAAGCUAAGCCACCUACCCAAGUGUGCCUUGAAAUUUUCCCAAGACCAACUUUGUUUCAAGCUUAUUGUGUCUGGACAGUAAUUAGGAGGGUCUGAGGGAAGAGAAUGAGUGACGGGAUGGGACCAAGGGACCUUCUGAUCUGAGAACUAUUCAAUCCAGCACAUCUAUGCCUAUUUUGAAGUUACUGUCAAGCUUCCUUGCACCUAGCUUUUGUGUAAAAGCACUUGAAAUGUGGCAUGUGGAUUUCACUGUGGAUUUGUCACCUGUUUUUCUGGUGAACUACUAUAACACACUUGAAUAAAUAUUUAUGCCAUUAUCA